AUGGCCACCAUCAGUCGAGUAAAAGAUGACGAGUCUGAUAAACCAAACAGGCUGCUGCCCAUCUCUUCUGCCAACGUUAUUAAUCUUCCCUUGGACAACAUUGAGAAAAGGGGUGCAAUCUUGGGGGUUAUAGCUGGAGAUGACACAAGUGAUAAAGAUGCUUGUUGGGAAACCUCGGAGGUUAUAUAUGUCAAACAUGAGACAUGUGGGGAAAUUGUGAAGCACACUGUCACUGAGGAAGAUGGAAGGAGCACAACUGAGGAUCAUAAGGGCAAAAUAGGUGUCAGUGAUGAUGAAGGAUAUACUGUGAAUAAUGUACUUGCAAGAAGUAGACACCGUGACGGUUCUAUAUACAGGGGCAUGGGCGAUACAUGGUGGAAAAAACAGUAUUGUACUGCAGACUGUAAUGAGACCUUUGAGCGUGUAUUUAAACGACAGAAUUCACAGGAAAAAAUGACAGAUAUAAGCAAAGCCAUUGAGCGUGUAUUUGAACGACAGAAUACACAGGAAAAUGACAGAUAUAAGUGCAAACAACAAUAA